AUGGAGACGCUCUGUCUCACCGUCAACCCUCUUGGACCUGUUUCUAUAGGCGUGCGACUCGACUGUAACCAAAGGGGCGUCCCCAUUCUGAAGGAAAAGUUUAUAAACCAAGAAUACUAUAGAUGUGUCUCAUUCCAGGUUCCUGUUGUAACUGUGGAAACAGUGGCAACUAUAUAUAUUCAUAUUAUUGGGCUCAAAUCAACUCUAAACAAAGAAACAAAAAUCCUCAUCUAUCCUUCAACAAAACUGGCCAUGAUUCAGACGGACAAACCCAUCUACAAACCAGGACAAACAGUGAAGUUUCGCAUCGUCUCCCUGGAUACCAAUUUCCUCACCUACCAACAAACGUUUCCUCUAAUAGAAGUGCAGGAUCCAAACUCAAACCGCAUCGGUCAGUGGCUGAACGUCGCCACUCACAGCGGAAUCGUGGAUCUGUCGUACCCCAUUAACUCCGAGGCCAUGAAAGGAGUUUAUAGCAUUACAGCCUGGGACAAGAAAAACACAGCACUUAUACAAAGCUUCCAAGUCAAGGACUACGUUCUGCCAACUUUUGAAAUCACGGUCCAACUUCCUCCGAUCAUAACCAUCCUGGACACGUACGCUACGCUGAAAGUCUGUGCAAAAUACACAUACGGGAAACCAGUGAAUGGGAUGGUGAAGGCCACCGUGUGCCAUAACAGCUACAGAUACUGGUGGCUUCCACCAGGAUUCACAGCAACACCAGACAUCUGCAAGAAAUAUAAAAUGAUGACCGACAAGACGGGCUGUGGACAACGCAUCCUAAAUCUGAAAGAUUUUGCAAUAACCGAUUCACGUUAUGAGUCUUCAAUCACUGCUCAGUGUGAACUAGAAGAACAAGGAACUGGAGUGAUUCUGACAGGUUCAAGCAGUUCUUCAAUAACAUCUAGUAUGGUCACGCUUUCAUUUGAAGAUUCACCGACAGUAUUUAAGCCCAAAAUGAAAUAUAAUGGAAAAAUUAAAGUGACUGACCCCAAAUCCAAUCCUCUGAGAAAGAAAGUUGUGUAUCUGACUGCAAAUUAUGGCGGUACAAAUUCAGUCCAGAAGCUGGUGACAAAUGAUCAAGGGAUCAUCGAGUUAACCCUGAACACUGAUAUGUGGGGUUCACAGUCAGUAACUUUAGAGGCCCAGUAUGAAACAACUAACAGACCAUUUGUAUACAUUGCAAAUAAGCUGACGCCGUACUACCCCUCAGCUUACCUCUGGCUCCAGCCGUUUUAUUCCAAGAGCCAGAACUUUGUUCAGUUGCAGAGCAUCUCAACUCCUUUCAGCUGUAACAAAAACGCUGUCAUCAAAGCUCAGUAUCUAAUACAGCAAACUGCACUCAAACUACGCCAGAAGACCAUAACCUUCUCCUAUAUGGUGGUAGAGCACAAGGGUGAGCUGACCAUCACUCUGCAGAAGAUGUUAAAGAUGACUCCGAUUGCUCAAGUGGUCAUCUACAUGGUCCUUCACAAUGGCCAAGUUGUGGCAGACAGCAUGAAUUAUCCCAUCCAGCUGUGUUUGGCUAACAAGGUGUCUCUAAAAUUUUCUGCUACUACAGAACUUCCUGCUCAUCAAAUAUCAAUGAUGCUGAAAGCUGCUCCAGGUUCGCUGUGUUCAGUGAGGGCAAUAGAUCAGAGUCUGCUGCUGCUGCAACCAGAAAGUGAACUCAACAUCGAAUCUGUGUUCAACAUGCUGCCUCUACAGAUGUUAUCAGGAUAUCCAUACAAUAUAAAUGAAGAAGAUUCUUUCCCCUGCUGGGGGAACCCAUUCUUCGGGACAAUUCCAUUUGCAGAACUGGCACCAAGAUCGUUAGCUUUUUUUCCAAGCUCUGUAAAAGUGGACGUGUACAACAUCUUUAAAGAUGUCGGAAUCAAGAUUCUCACCAAUGCGAAUAUAAAAAAACCUUCAGAGUGCAUUAACAAUUUCAUGUUUUUGGGUGGUAACUUCUACAGCUACUACAACAGCUGCUUCAGUUCAACAGCUGGCAAGUUCAACCAACCGGUUGUUACCAUCCGCAAAUUUUUCCCAGAGACGUGGAUUUGGGAUCUCGUCUCAGUCAGUCCAUCCGGCGUGCUGAACGUUGAUAAAACCACGCCGGACUCGAUCACGACGUGGCAGGCUGGAGCAUUCUGUACAUCAUCCGUCGGGUUUGGAGUCGCCCCAAAAACCGCGCUCACGGUUUUCCAGCCUUUCUUUGUGAGCCUCAACAUGCCGAGCUCCGUCAUCCGAGGAGAAGUUUUCUUGCUCAAAGUCACUGUUUUCAAUUACAUCACAAGCUGUAUGAUGGUGAAGGUGACUUUGGAUAACUCGAAACAGUUUGCAGCAAAACCCUGUAAAGACUGCGUUUACACAAAAUGUCUGUGUGCUGAUGAAAACUGGACCUUCACCUGGACCAUCACUCCACUGGUGCUCGGGCAAGUAAGCAUCAAAGUGACAGCGGAGGCCAUGCAGUCAUCUCUGCUGUGUGGAGGAAAUGCAGUUACUGUACCAGAGAAAGGACGCAUCGAUUCUGUCAUUAAAAUGCUGCAAGUUCUGGCUGAAGGAACCAAACAGUCUAAAAGCUACAAUGAGCUUCUCUGUCCAUCAGGUAAUGCAAUUAAGAAAACGAUCUCAUUGUCCCUGCCUGACAUAUUUGUAGAAGGUUCAGCCACAGCCUCAGUCUCUGUCCUGGGAGAUCUUAUGGGCCGAUCGUUAAAAAACCUGGCGAGUCUCCUGGCAAUGCCGUCCGGUUGUGGAGAGCAGAACAUGCUGCGUUUUGCCCCCAACAUCUUUAUCCUGGAGUAUCUGGAGAGCACCAACCAGCUCACACCUGCAAUCAGGAGCACAGCAGAUACCUACCUUGUGAGCGGAUACCAGCGAGAACUGAGCUAUAAACACAAUGAUGGAUCUUACAGUGCUUUUGGGAUGAGCGACCCAUCAGGCAACACAUGGCUGACGGCUUUCGUGAUGAAAUCUUUUGGGAAAGCAAAGAAAUACAUCUUUGUAGACCAGGUGUUCGUGGAUCAGGCGAAGACUUGGCUCGGCCAGCAGCAGACGGCUAACGGAUGCUUUGCUUCAGUGGGACAACUCUUCCACAGUGACAUGAAGGGAGGAGUCAAUGAUGAGGUGACCCUUACCGCAUACAUCACGGCUUCAAUGCUGGAACUCAGUUAUUCAAUCACAGAUCCUGUCGUGGCCAACAGUCUAACAUGCCUGAGGAAUGCAUACACUCAGGUGAACUCCAACUACGCCAAGGCUCUACUCUUCUACACCUUCACCCUUGCUGGGGAUCAGGUGAUGAUAGACACACUCAUCUCAGACUUGGAUUCAAAGGCCAUCAUUUCAGGAGGUGGAAGGCACUGGAGCAGAACAGAUGAUGGGUCAAUGACGGACUCUUUGGAAGUAGAAAUGACUUCAUAUGUGCUUCUGGCUCUGAUGUCUGGACCCGAGAUGUCCGGGUUUGAUUUGGGUUACUGUGCCAGCAUCGUCCGCUGGAUUUCUCAACAACAGAACGCCUACGGAGGCUUCGCAUCUACACAGGACACUGUGGUGGCUCUUCAGGCUCUGGCAAAAUACAGUCUUGCCUCAUACAGUCCAGCUGGAAGUAUUACUGUUGUUAUAACAUCAUCAUCAGGGCUGAUUACCACGUUUAACAUCAAUCAGAGUAACAGGCUGCUGUAUCAGGAAAGUUACCUGGAUGAGGUUCCUGGAGAUUAUAACACCACUGUAGAAGGUGAAGGCUGUGUGUACAUUCAGUUCACUGUGCACUACAACAUCCCUCCUCCUCCUGACCGAUCUUCAUUCACCAUCUCAGCCUCAGCAUCUGGAAACUGCAAGGUGCCAAAUCCAUCUCUGGAACUGACCAUUACUGUCACGUAUAACGGUAAAUGCAUGGAAACCAACAUGGCGGUUAUUGAAGUUCAGCCUCUUUCUGGAUUCACAGUGGACGUGGCGUCGGUGCAGCUUGUGAACAGCCCUUCAGAUCUGAAUCGAGGAAAUAUGAAACGUGUGGACCAAACUGAGGGCAACAUAAUCAUCUACCUGAGUGGACUAACAAAAGAUCGUGAGAUGGUGUACAAACUCACAAUGACUCAGGAGUUUCUAGUGGAGAAGCUGAAACCAGCUGUUGUGAAGGUUUAUGACUACUACGAGAUCAGUGAGAGAGCGACAACACAGUACACGUCUCCGUGUACAGCCUGAGGGUUUGGACAUGAGCAGCGGAGCUUUUCC